AUGGCCUGCCGGUGGCAGUAUCGGCUUUCCUCAGAGGAGCGUUGGCAGUGGCUGCCACCAGAAGCAUGUGAUGCAUUGACUGCGGCAGAAGACAAAGCUGAACAUGCCGCAGCUGAUGCGAGGCCCGCUAGCCUUUCAGUACCAUCCCUUGGCUUGGAGGUGCAACUCAGCACAAUGAGUGUCAUCCUUGAUGGCGGUACCUACGGACAGGUGCGGAAGGCUCCAAAGUGGUGGGGAGAGGAUGCAAACCUCGCAGCAGGAGUCUUAGUUGCCUGUGAAGAUGGCGAAGCGGGCGCUCGGGUGCUCCUGGGAAUUGAAGACCGACCCUGGUGGCCACAGAAACAAGCAGGCCCAUUUUGGGGGUUCGUUGAACCCACAGAUGCGGACUUUCCCUCUGCUAUGGCGAGAGAGGCCACGGAAGAAACUCUUGACGUCUUGGGCGGUGAAGCUGAGCUGCGAUCCUGCCUUCAAUCUGACAUUUAUUCAGCACCAGUAUGCUGCUCACCUUGGCACAAGGGACCAAAUGGUGAGGGCCUACAGGUGCUUCGUCUUGUGAGCCUCGGAUCUUUGAAAAAGCAGGAGCAGCGGGCUGUUCAGAGAAGCUUCCUUAAUCGACGCAGCCGCGCAUUGGUGAUUGCAGCUGCAACAGUUGCACAUGGAUGUUCACAGAGAACCCCUCCUCCUCAUUUGGAAGUCGAAGAGCUGCACUGGUGUGAUGCAUUUCCUCUCCUUCAAAGUCUGGAGGCUGGACAGCCGACCCGGAUUGGUACGGCACAAAGACCUUUGCGUGGCUUUGUUGCUGAGCUAUUGCAAGAGGGUCUCCAAUGGCCUGGUGCAGCUCGCUUUCGAGACUAUUGCCAUGGCAACUUUGAGGUCUUGCGCCCCAUGCCACACUGCAAGACCUUGAUUCCAAGGCUCAUUAGUGAGGUUGGUGGCAGUUUGGCAUUUACUGUGUGUCAUCGCGGAAGAAUGCGCAAGGGAAGCUGGUGA